CAGCCAGAGCCACGAGACAAGCUGACCUGCCACUGACAUACACACACUUUCUCACACACACAAACACACACACACACACACACUCUGCGGGAGGGGAACAAAGAGAGAACCAGAUGAAUGGAAAAGACGAAAGAAAGGUAGAUUUAUACACAAGAUAUGCCAAGUACAUCUAAAGGAGACAACAAAACAGACUUGGAGCUGAAGACAAAGACUGUUACUCAUGUGUGUUGAUGUCCAACUAACAUGCAUUGUUGUAAUGCACAGUUGUAUGAAGUCGUGAAAAAUACCAGAGGAAUCCAGCAAUGACACAACAAGGAUCAAAGUCUUUGGUGAGGAGGUGAAAGAAAGAAGAGGAAGCAACCUCUGGCUGUUUCUCCCUUUUCUCUGUUUGGAGCUUUAACAACAGCUACGUCCUUGUCCUUGCAUGGCAGUUCAGUGGGUCAAGUAAUGAUCUACUGAAAGCAAAGUGGAGUAUUAUGAGCAAGAACAUGCGAAGCCUCAAGGACAUAUGGAAGAGAAGUUCCAGCAGAAAAUCCUUGUAACAUUUUGAUCCUAUAGAGAUUAUCAGCACUUACUGUCUUUGCUACACUACUUGGACCUACAGACCUGCCAGUGGAAAGUUGAUUGAUUUGAAGGUCCGAACAUGUCUGCCGAGGUCCAUUUGGAGCGCCAGAAGAAGGCCAACCUCAGAGCCGGGGCUUCUUCUGCUCUGGCGUUUGCUCCACGUGUCCCGACGGUCACACUGAUCAGCCACAGAGAGCUGCGGGAUAAACACACCGCUCACAGACUCCAGCCCGGAAGCCUUGAUCUGAACCUGGCAACCAGCAGCUACUACAGAUGUAGCGAAGGUAGCAGAGUGCAGAAGGUUGGAACAAUGCCAGAUUCACCUGCGGAUGUGAAAACCCAGCCCAGGUCCACCCCACCCACCAUGCCUCCUCCACCCCCGGCGGUCAGCCAAGCAACCAAUCGCAAUGCUUCAUUCACCCCCGCUACCAGUAAAUCAAUGCUGAAUGGGAGCAGCCACUCUCCUACAUCGCUGAACGGUGCUCCCUCCACUCCUAACGGCUUCAGUAAUGGGCCGGCCAUGUCGUCGACGGCCUCGCUUUCCAACCAGCAGCUCCCGCCGGCUUGCGGUGCCCGGCAGCUUUGCAAGCUGAAGCGCUUCCUGACCACACUGCAGCAGUUUGGCAACGACAUAUCGCCUGAGAUUGGGGAGAGGGUGCGCAGCCUUGUGCUGGGGCUGGUGAACUCCACUCUCACCAUCGAAGAGUUUCACUCCAAACUUCAUGAGGCCACCAACUUCCCUCUGAGGCCGUUUGUUAUUCCCUUCCUGAAGGCAAACCUGCCCCUGCUGCAGAGAGAGUUGCUUCACUGUGCCAGGUUGGCCAAGCAGACUCCAGCUCAGUAUCUGGCCCAACACGAGCAGCUUCUCCUGGACGCUAAUGCCAGCUCGCCCCUCGACUCCUCCGAGAUCAUGCUGGAGAUGAAUGAGCACGGCAAAAGAAGGACCCCUGACAGGACCAAAGACAGCUCGGACAGAGAUGGGUUGCACCCGGAGCACCUGGCUAAAAGGCCCUGCACCAUCAGCCCCAGUCAACGCUUCAGCCCCAGCACGGGUCUUCCUGCUCACCCGCCUCCCAAUGGCCUCCCCACACACCCUCCCAACGGCCUACCCCACCCACCAAACCCCCAAGUGGGACCCCAACACUAUCGCUUAGAAGACAUGGCCCUGGCACACCAAUACAGAGACGCUUACAGACAUAAUGAACACCGCGAAGCCCGGGACAGACACCGGCAGACAGCAGUGCACGGUGCCCGCCAAGAGGAGGUGAUCGACCAUCGUCUUACAGAUCGAGAGUGGGCAGAGGAAUGGAAGCACCUAGAUAAUCUCCUGAACUGCAUCAUGGACAUGGUGGAGAAGACGCGCCGCUCUCUGACGGUGCUGCGCCGCUGCCAGGAGGCCGACCGGGAGGAGAUGAAUCACUGGAUUCGGCGCUACAGCGACGUGGAGGAGAUGAAAAAAGGUGGGAGCAACGGACAGCACUGCCUUCCUCCUCCUCCUCCUCCUCUUCCUCCUCCUACUCCUCACCACAACUCCUCCUCCAACACAGCUAGCAGCAGCGAGUCACUGCCCAUAGGAACUCCCUCGGCUGCUGAAAGGCAGACAGGCAGACAGACAGAGAUCCACCGAGACUUCUUACACAGGCCUCCCUCAGGAUACCUGCCAGAAGAAAUCUGGAGAAAAGCUGGUACUACAAGCAUCCCGCUCUCCCCAGCACUAAAGCACCUCCAAAACAGGCAGGAGGAGGCAGUGAAUGAGGUGAAGCGGCAGGCGAUGUCAGAGCUGCAGAAGGCGGUGUCAGACGCCGAGAGGAAAGCUCACGAGAUGAUUUCAGCCGAACGCUCUAAAAUGGAGAGGGCGCUGGCCGAGGCCAAGAGGCAGGCCUCUGAGGACGCACUAACAGUCAUCAACCAGCAGGAGGACUCCAGUGAAAGCUGCUGGAACUGCGGGAGGAAAGCCAGUGAGACGUGCAGCGGCUGCAACACGGCUCGCUACUGCGGCUCCUUCUGUCAACACAAAGACUGGGAGAAGCACCACCAUGUCUGUGGUCAAGGCCUGCAGGGGAUGCCAGGGGGCAGCAGCGUCCCUCUCGGCACCCCGUCCUCCUCCUCCACCUCCUCAGCGUCCUCCAGCGCGCCCCCCACCCACUCGGAGAGCACUCCUCCAGGAGCCCUGUCCUUGGCGGGCCAGAGCAGUAUUGCGGGAGGGGCCGGCAGCGGCAGCGGAAGUGUCUCUGCCAGCCCCAAGGAGAGCAGUUCCAGUAGUGCCUCUCGCUCCACGACUCCAGCUACCCCCGCCCUACUGGAUGCCACCUCUCGCUGACGUCUGACCCUUGUCCCUUCCCUGCAUACUGAUGCGACGGUGCCCACACUCCACACAAAACCAAACUGAGGAAUCUUCAUCGCACAUUGCUCCCUUUUCUCCUCCCCUACUUUAGUCCUUAUUUCCCUCUUAUCCUAAGCUCUCCUGAAAAUCCUCUCACUACCUGAUGUUAGACUGCUUUUCUGAACUUGUCACCCUCCCUUCCUUCCCCCCCAAAAAAUACUUUUUCUGUCUUUGUCUCUUUCACAACCACAGCCACAAAUACAAAGAUUCCAGCCUGGGGUUCAGUGUAGUGGAAAGCAUGAAAGUGUCUCCUAUCUCUGUGCUCAGUCACAGAAACAUAUCCGAUGUGUUUGCUGAAAACAUGACUUGAAGAUGUGACUAAGAUGUGCCCUCAGUAAUGGAAGCACGUUAAAUACUGUCCGCCGAAGGACACAAGACAAGGGCUGUGGUAAGGCAACAAUGAUGGGGGGAUGACUAGGCUGAUUAGCACUUGGAUCGGAUUUCCCUUUAAUUUAGCACCAAUGAGAGAACAGUACCCAGCCCUGAGAUGUGCACUACAAGUGCAAACAGUUCACUGAUGUGGCACUUAUUCUACAGUGUCCUACCGGAGACAGGCAAGGACAAAAUACCUUUUUUUCAAAUGGAUGAGGGAAGGGGAAAAACCUGUGAUGUGAUAAAUUCCUCAGAAACACAGCUUAGUAUUUAUUAAAUGUUUCUUUCUGGCUUUAAGGGAAAAUAAAGAAAAGUCCAAAUAUUCUAAAUAAAGAAUAGUAGUGCUGAUGAUGAUGAUAAUAAUGAUAUGAAAAUAAAUUAAUUUUAAACUGCUAACUACCUUGCUAGCGAGCCAAGAAAAUCUACACCGGACUCACCUCUCUGAACCAUUGUGAACCCAAAUGAAUUCAAAGAUGAAAAAUAACAUGAUCCAAACCUUUGUAUUACACUGCCAAAGUGAGUAAGUAAGCGAUAAGGAGAAGCACUCAUCUUAUAACCAAACGCAAAGCAACAUCACCUCCUCAGCAGAUAAGCCAGCCCUGGGAGGACCAGGCUGCAGGGACGCUGCAGAACGGGACCCAGAGGUAGCCAGACAUUUAAAAAAAAAAACUGCUUUGAUCUGCAGCUGCCUCCUGCAGUCUGGACAAAAUGACAGCGAUUCCUCAGUGAUGGCCCAGACUAGUGAAUAUGGACGAUGCUGUGAACUUGCCUACAAGAAAGACUUCAUGAAAUGGAUGGAAACCCUGCCACAGUGUGAUUUUUUUGUGAAUGGUAACAGAGAGGGACGGAGAGAAAAAAACAGGAGGAAAGGAAAAUGUACACAGCCUCAAAGGAGAUGAAGAAACAUACAUGGCAAUGGAGCUGCCAAAAACCUCAAAACAAGCUUGAAAACAUUGUCCGAGAAGGCAUUGCAUACUACGGAGACGUAUGAGAAGAAUGUUUGUAAGUUGUUUUUUUUUUUUUAAAGCUCCACAACGGGGAGAUAUUUCAAGGAAUUGCUGUUACCUUUACAUUCACUCCCUCCUUUUCCAAAGCAUGAUAAACAGAUGAAAGAGCCUAGUAAAGGGCGGUGUAGACUUGGAUCUCCUCUCUCUUUCUACCUCCCCUCACCCCACACCUCCCUUCUGCGCUCUUCCCCGACUACUUGACUCAAGUCUGCCCCUUAACCCCAGCCUGCUUUGGACAGAGCCUCGGAGCAGUCACGUGGGAAGGGUUCGAACCUGCUUGUAGAUAUUGUUCCUCUUUUCAAAUUUCAAUAAUGUCUCUUGUCGCUGAUGUCCACAUGUGCUGCCCUUGUGUAUAUCCAGAAUGACGGACUUUGUUUUUUGGUUUCGUUACCUUUCAUUUUUCCUCCUUUAAGUUUGGGCUGAGCAGUGAAGUCAGAACAAGGAGGAAACUCACUUAUGAGAGGAAGCCCCACAUUGUACUUAUUGUUUGAUUUGUUGUAUCUAUAUUAAUGAGAUGAAACCCCUCUUGUAGAAUAUUUUGUAUUGCUCACAUUGUAAGACAGUGAGAGGACGGAGGUGCAAUAUGAAGAGAAUUCAGCUACUGAAUGGAACCUCAGCAACUGCCCAUAGGGUGUCAUAUAAUAUAGAUACAUAUAAAUAUAUUUAAAGUAACAUCAGUAACUUAAUGUGAAUGUACAUAGUAUUUAAAGAGGUCCAAAAAUGUGUUUGCCAAAUAACAGAAACCUUUAAAGUUUAAUGUCCAGAAUAUGAUUUUCUCAGAGUACAUUUAUUUCUCAAAUUCAUCAACUCCCUUUAUUAUUUUUUUUCUCUUUCUCUCACUUUCAAUUUUCACUCAAAUCAAAGUGUCAUGUGAUCCUGAGUGGAGGAGACUGUUGGUAACAGAGGUAAAGUGGUUUCAUACAGUACCACAAUACAUGCAGCAGAAAAUGGAUGAAAACAGAUUAAGGGUGAAUGGACAUUACAAGACUUCCUGAACAUUUCUAAAUCAAUUAAUAAGGCCUUAAUCUACAACAUUUCAAAAAUCCACAUUGCACUACACCAAGAAAACUUGUUCAUGUUUCACUUCAAUCUUCUUAAUUUGAAUGAGAAGCAGUAAUUGGGAAUAAAUGUCAUUGUCACGUGCUUCAUUCACCCCCUUGGUCAGUUUACAUCCUGCAGGAGGGGACGCAGCAGUGUGUACUGACAAAAACAAAUGCCUAGUCAAUAUUUAAAAAAAGAAGAAGAAGAAAAAAGUGGUGGCUCAGUUUUAAAUUUAGCUCCAUCACACCAAAUUUAGGACUCAUCAAACUUGAUAUGUCAUGUCUAAGGUUCUGUUUCCACCCCUGUAGGGACCCCUCGCUCUCUCUUGGUCCUCAUCAACCUAUGUGUGUGUGUGUGUGUGUGUGUGUUGUUAGGAGUGUCUGUUUGCCCCAAGGUGCAGGACAAGCCAUUACUGUAGGAUUAAGUGAAAUGCCAGUGUUAAGCUACAGUAAACCUCAAAGCUAAUUUUGAUACCCAAUCCUUGUAAGGUUGUUUUUUUUCCCACUAAUUAUUGUUUAUUUGUAAAGAUGCAAUUUGAACAUAAGCUGAUAAUCUGGGUCAAGUUCUUUAUUUCCAGGCCAAGAGAGAAGCAUCACCUCUUUAGGUUUAUUUUAUUGUUUUUUUCCAGCCCUUCCCACAUGCUCCAGUAAACACAUGUAUGUUAAACAGUCUCAAGACCUUUACUUAAAGGUCCAGUGUGUAGAAUUCAGGGGUAUAUAUUGGCCGAAAUGGAAUAUAACAUGAUAAUCAUGUUUUCUUUAGUGUAUAAUCACCUGAAAAUAAGAAUCGUUUUUGUUUUCGUCACCUUAGAAUGAGUUGUUUAUGGCGAUUGCAAUCUUGC